AUUUCUUCGAGGGCAGCAGGUGAACUCGACUUCGUUUAUUCUCCUUCUCGCACCCUUUUCUUGCUCUCUUUGCUCCUGUUUCUGUUCGGCUGUCUUGAUAGCGUUGCUCUUUCUUGCAUGUGUAGGAUUUCAGUGCUCUGCUCGGACGCUUCUACCUUCCUGGGCCGGGAGAACGAUUUAUCCCUGACCUCGGGCGUCUCCCUUUCCUCGCGCAAUCGUCCUCGGCCGAUUAAUCAUCUGCCGGACAAGGAUCUAUUACAAAGGCCAAACCAUGCUAUUCUAUUGUCGCCUCCAACAACCCACACCUGCAUAAUUCCAGCGGAAUAUUAUGCAAACCGAAGGGUGAAAUAAUCCAUUUGUCUCCGUAUCACUUGGCUGCGAAAGUUUGACUUCAAAACCUCCGUGCUGGGUCUCCAUUUGUCCUGUUCCACUGUCUGAGCAGUCCACCUUGUCGUGAGACACCCUCAACGCUGUCAUUAUGGUCUCUCAACCCACUCAGCCUGCAACACAGCCGAUUGAAGACCCUCGUCGUCUCAGGAGAAACGUCUCCAAUAUUUCGGACGAGGAUGCGAUAGACGUGAUAUGCCUGCUGAGUCCAACUUCUCCGGCUGCAUUCGAGGCAGUAAAAGCGAACCUGUUGGUCUCGCCUAUGCACAUCUUGCAAAAUGCCGACCUUGGAGAUAUCAGUCAGGAUGACCUGCUAUUCCGCGAAGAAUACAAUCAACCGCGAGAUAUAGCUUUGCGAAUGUCAUCUACCGUCACAAAUCCCAAGGAUGGCUUUCGAUUUGGCCGGACCAGGAGUCAAUGCGAUGUGCUUCUCACCGCUUACGACCAUGACACCUUGGUGAGCAAAGUGCAUUUCAAGAUUUUUGUGAACAAUCAAGGUAGCCUCAUGCUGGAAGACUUGUCCACCAACGGAACUGUCGUUGAUGAUGUUCACCUGAGGGCGAGAGCUCGCCGAGACAAUCCUGCCCUUAGGCCGGCGACUAUCGUCCUUAGACAUGGUUCGAUUAUUUCUCUUUACGGUGGUGGAAGGAAGCAAGAAGUUAAGAUGAUGGUACGGAUACCGAGCCGUGGUGAUUUUGAGGAUGAAUAUGAAGACAAUCUAAGGAAGUACCUCGCGGCAAGAGGCGACGUGGCGCAAUUCGCUUCCAUGAGAGAGAGCACCUAUGGUAAUUACUGGAACGGGGGUUCCUUGUACAACUUUACGGGUUUGCUCGGGAAAGGUGCCUUCGCAACCGUCUACAAGGUUCAGACGAAGGAAGAAGGUGACAUCUACGCCGCAAAGGAGCUUGACAAGCGCCGCUUUAUCAAAAACGGUGUCCUCGACAUGAAGUUUGACAGCGAACUUAACAUAAUGAAAAACCUCAAGCACCCUAAUAUUGUCAAUUACGUCGACUGCCACACAUACCAACACUGGAUCUACAUCCUGAUGGAGUACGUCCCUUAUGGUGAGCUUGCGAAAGAACUCGGAAAACAUGGAGCUAUCCCUGAAUCCGACGUUCAACAGAUCGCCAAACAGAUAUUGCACGCUCUCUAUUAUCUUCACCGACGAAAUAUCACCCAUCGAGACAUCAAGCCGGACAAUAUCCUCAUAGCAUCUCGAAACCCUCUAGUCGUCAAGUUAUCCGACUUCGGCUUGUCAAAAUGUGUGACCGACCAAGAGACCUUUCUCAAAACGUUCUGUGGUACACUUCUUUAUUGUGCACCUGAGGUAUAUCCUGACUACGCAAAUUAUGCUCAAGGAUCUGCUCCGAAAAGACGUCGGCUAGGAGAACCUGCAACAAAACCACCACCAUCGCCGUACGAUCAGUCUGUGGAUAUGUGGUCCUUUGGUGCCGUCAUUUUCCAUCUCCUCUGUGGAAAGCCCCCGGUCACCGGACGAGGCGACGACCGCGGCGCGCAAAUGCUGAACAAUAUUAUGACGAAAGAUGUCAACUUUGACACGCUGAGACAGGCAGGGGUAUCAGAGCCAGCGAUUGAUUUCGUCGGAAAGCUUCUAAACCGAAACCCUGCUCUACGACCAAAAGAACCCGAAUGCUUGCAGCAUCCGUGGCUACGUGACUUACCCGAUCACUGCAACUACGAUGACAUCGAGGAGCCGCAGCCUGACCCGCAAAAUCGGCUAGAGGUUGUUGACGAAGUUGACGAAGAUAUCAUCGACGAAGAGUUGAUUAAUACCUUGAACCAACUGACGCAACUGCCUUCCUCCGAACAGUCUCCAGACCGACCUAAGAAGCGUGCUCGCACUAUAACGAAUGUGUCACCCACAGCAGGAGAUAUCGCAUAUCCCCAUCUCCCAGAAACUGGUGGGAGUUUCUCGCCAUUACCUGUCGCGCCAGAAUUACCGGCACAACGUCUCUUCGGAGAGAUUUCUGCGUCCGUCCUCCGUAGUUCAGGCGUAUUUGGCGGCGAGCUGAGUCCAUCUACACCGGUGGGAGUACAAGAUAUUCGAAACCGAGUGGAACAGAUCAGCGUGAAUGAUUUUGGAGAUCGCGGUCCUCCGAGUACUGCAGAAAACGCCGACAAUUCUGGACAUCCGCUUCAAUAUCCUCAAGUUCUCGGCGUACCAGACAUUCCAGGGGGCUCAGCUGCAAGUCUUAUGGGGGCAGAACACCAAAUAGGUCAGCUCAAUAUGGCUUCUCCUGAAGCAGAUAUCUCGGAUGCUGCGACUCCAGAAACAACUAAUCCAGUGACUCCUGAGACACGUCAGCUAUCGCCGUCGGCUUCGGUCACACCACACGCGGACAACGAAUUGGCAGAUACAACUCACAUGGCCGAAGAGCCUGUGUGUACUCGUCGUAUCGACCUUGGCCUCGUUGAGGACCCCGUUAAUUUCGAGGCGCAGGUCGAGGCGAGAAAUGCAUCCAGGGCUAGCAGGCUGCGAGCAAAGGCCGAGACUUUUCAUGGAAAUCCGGCUUCCAGAAACUCCCCACCAUCAGUUGAGCUUGCAGUCACCAUUGAUGCGAAGACUGGCCACGAGAUCAAAAGUAUGGGCCAGCUGGACCGUUUUAUUCGUCCCGCUCCAGAGCCGGAAAGUGCAACCAGAACGAGUUCCCAAACAACGCAGUUCAUCAAACCUCCGCGGCGAUAUGGCAAGUUCACCAGCGUUCCUGGCUCCUUUGUGAAUGUUACCAUCAAUCUCGAAGCUAGAUUCACUGUAUGGGGACGGGGCAUCGACUGUACCAUCCAAUACCCUGACACCAAAGACACGCGUAUUCCCAAGUACGCGCUCAAGAUCACAUUCUGGGCACCUGGUAUGGAGGCUCACGUUGACCGCGGAAAUGACUGGACCGCACUUCCUGGAAUAAGAACGCUAAUCGCUACGUCUGCAAGUGGCUGUGUUUAUGUCAACGAUGUUGAACUGCGAAAGGAGUCACCUUCGGGAGACGCAGCCUUGUUCGGGAAGCUAUACACAGGAGACAUCAUCACCAUUUUCGACAAUGGAACGGGCGAGUUUUUGAAGUUCAAGGUGGAAAUCACAUUUGGGGACAGUGCAAGACCGAGGCCCGCUGGGGAAGGAGGUUUUAUUGUCCAGGAGGAACGACACCAUCACCAACGGAUGAAGGAGCGCGAGAGCAUGAGGCUAAGUAUGAGAGACAAUGCUGGCGAGGCGCCCAUCGCGCCAACCGUGCGCGUGGAGCCAGAUUGUUGAAUGAUGAGAUGACUGCUGGACGUGAGAUAACUUGGAAAAGGAUAUGACAUGAUAGUGCUGUGCUUGUCGAGCACCUCGAAUGCAUCGAGUUUCACAAAAUCAAAAACCAAAACAUCGAUCUGCAGAGCUCCCACCGUGGAAAGUUGC